GGGUAUAGGGUUUAAUAUUUUGCUGAAGAUUUAACAAUAUUUAUUUAUUUAUUUUUUGUAACUAUUUUUAUGUAUUUUUAUUAUUUUAUUUUAAAGAUAUAAUCUAAUUUGGAUAUUCAAUUUUAUUUCCUUUUUUAAAAGAUAUCAAAUUUCAAAUACUCAAUCACUAUUGGUUGGUGAACCUAGAGGUUCACCAUAGGGGGUGAACCUAAGUAUUUCUCCUAAACUUAGUAUACUUGUCAGAUUUAACGUGACAAAAAUGAAAAGCAUAUCGCAGAAAAUCAUGUUGUUAAAAUGAACGUUACAAAUUCUCAAGUCUAUGAGUCAACUGCACUAAUAUAAAACAACUUCAAACUUUUGUUUUGAUUUCUGUACAUGAUAAAAUCAACAAGAAACGGUGAGUUUCUUCACCAACAUGAAUAUUUUGUUCGUCUUUCUGAAGUUAACUUGUUUCUUGGGUCAAUUUCAAGUGGUCCAUACUAGUUUCAACUCGUAUGUUAGGUUAGCAUCUUCACGCUAAAAAGCCUACCAAACACUGAACAACAAGUGGUUUUAGUUCAAUAUGUUAGAAAAUAGAUCACUUCAGUCUUGUUUUUAUCUUGCAUCUGUUAGGGUUGAAUGGUAGUGCUUUUCUUUGUAAAACCUGCUUUAUAUAUAUUUUUGAUUUUUGAUUUUUUAAGUUUUCAUUUUGCAUUGUUUCAGAUUUUUUUCUCUGUGUGAAUAUAUGAUAUACUUAAUAAAAAUCCCUUGAAAACAAAUAACAUAUUUAUAUUUUUAAAAUUUAAUAUAGAUAUAUUAACAUGGAUUACCUUUUAUUUAGUUAAAAUUAAUGAUAAAUAUUGAAUUUCAAAUAUCCUAGACUUUUCUUAUUUUAGUUAAAUAUUUUAAUCAUAUAUACAUUACUCAAAUAUACAUAUAUAUAUAUAAUUAUAUAUAUACACAUAUAGAUUAUAAAUUUUGGUUCAAUCGUACUCACUAAAUACAUGCUUUGCGUCUCGUGACUUUACUUUCUGUACAAAACUUGAAAAAACUUACUCGCCAAAUACCAAGUUUUUUGCAGAGAGAAACAUUCCUCCUAAAAUCCAGCUAAUUUUCCUUUUAAAGACAAAACCAAACUAAAAGAAAUCAUUUCUUGUUUUUCUAUAUUAAAAGAUAGAUUAUUUCCUUAAUUAACUUAUUUCUCCAAUGGAGUAUCUUGCAAACUCGAUAUAAAUGUCUAAAAAGGUUGAGUUUUAUAGUUCAUACAUACAACCUUUUCUGCUUGUUUCAGCAUGAUUACCUAAUUACAUGUCUACCAUUCUUUAAGCAAAACCCAUUUGGUUUUCUUUGUUAAUUAAUUAUUGGAGUAAAUAAUUGAGAAGCGAAUCUUCUCUCUCUGAUUAUUAAUCUAUUUAUGUUGACAAAAAAAAAUCUAUUUAUUAUUAUUAUUAUUUUCUCUCUCGAUUAUUCUUAAGAGAACUACUUGUGAGUUUCAGUUACUUGGAUGAGUUCUUGAAGUUUCAGAAGAAAGACCAUCUUUUUCGCAUCGUCUAUGUAACGCCAAUUCUACUUCAUCUUCUUGGCGUUUCUUCUGCAGCUUUUUGCGGUUCACGUGUUAUUUGCUUUUGGUUCUAUCUUUUUUUUGGUUCUGAUGUAUUUCUCACAAAACCAUUCCUAUAAGCUAUAUUGCUAUAAGGUUAGAUUUUCUUGUAAUUUUUUAUUUAAUAUGUUAGGGAGAAUGACUUUGAUUGAUUCUCUUUCUCUGUUCUUGUUUAUGUAUUUUAGUAUUGAUAUGAAUCUUUAAAGACGUUAAAUUUGAGAGGAAGAACUAAAUUCCAUUCACCACAAAAGAUCAAGACCUAGAGACAGUCAUGGACAUCAAGUCUUACAAGAGUCAUGCAGAGGGUUUUGUUAAACACUUUCUAUUAGCAGAUCAUUUUCUUCCAUACACUUCUGUUCUUGCUGGAAUCUUUCUCUGCAAGAUGGUCUAUGAUAUUACCCAGUCAUUCAGCUCAAUUCAUAUCAAAUCAUACUCAGCUCUCACAAAAGUGGAGAGAACUGAAUGGAACAACAGGGGAAUUUCUACACUCCAUGCGAUCUUUAUCUCAUUGAUGGCACUCUACUUUGUAUUAUUCUCUGAUUUGUUUUCUGACCAAAGAAGUCUUCAAGGCCUUAUAGUGUUUCGCAGCUCGCCUCUAUCUAGCUUUGGUUUAGGGAUUUUCCAUCACUGCUUAUCUGGAGUAGCAGUAGCUUAUUCUCUGUUCUCCGGAGAAGCUCCGCUUUACACAUAUAUGGUUUUACUCUCUGAGGUGACUACACCAGAGAUCAAUCUUAGGUGGUACCUUGACAUUUCUGGUUUGAAGCGAUCUAAGGCUUAUCUUAUUAAUGGAGUUGCUAUUUUCUUGGCUUGGUUGACAGCAAGAAUCCUUCUCUUCGUCUACAUGUUUUACCAUGUGUAUGUACACUAUGAUCAGGUGGCAAUGAUGCAUCCAUUCGGUUAUCUACUGGUUUUUGUCGUACCGGUUGCAUUGAGUGUCAUGAACUUGAUGUGGUUUGGUAAGAUAGUUAAGGGACUGAUGAAAACUCUUGAGAAAAGACAAUAAGGAAUGAGUUUUUUCCCGAAUGUAAAUAUAAAGUUCUUAUGAAGAAUCUUACAGGUUAUAAUCAAUAGACCACGCUACAAUUGUCGGUGCGGUUACCGUUUCAGUUUUCUCAAAACAACUCUUUGUUUUGACGUA